AGCGGCAGCCCUGCUGCUGCGCCUGCUGCGCCUGCUGCGCCUGCUGCUGCAGAGGCCAACGAAGCAGCAGCAGCAGCAACUGCAGCGCAGCCCGAGGGGACUGCAGAAGCAGCUUCUUGUGACGACUCAGCAGCAGCAGCAGCAGCAACGGAAGCAGCAGCAGCACCACCAGCAGCAGAGGCUGCAGGAGCAGCAGCUGCUGCUCCUGCAGCGGAGAAGCAAGCAGCAGCUGACGGGGAAGAAAGGCUGCUGCUGCUGCGGGAGGAGCAGCAGCAGCAAGUGCAGCGGCUGCUGGAGGGCCUAACAGCAGAAGAGCUCUCGUCUGCUGCUGCUGCCGCGCAUGCAUCUUCCGAGGUGCUGCAGCAGGAGCAGCAGCAGGAGCAGCAGCAGCAGCAGCAGCAAGACGACCCUCUGGAUGAGAGGCUGAAGGCUGUCAGCAGCUUCCUCAAGUCCAUAGAUGCAACAGCAGCAGCAGCAGCAGCUGCUGCUGCUGCUGCUGCCCAACCCUCCUGGGGCUUGCCAGACCUCUUCGGGCGGGGCCUUGCCUCCGACGCUUUGCUGCAGUCGGCGCUGUGUCAGUGGGUAGCAGCAGCAGGAGGUUCUGCUGCUGCUGCUGCAGCAGGUGCUGCUGACGGCGGCGUUGGUGCUGCUGCAGCUCCAGCAGCAACUGAUGGCGCAGCAGCAGCAGCAAUGCAGCACGGGGGCCUCUUUCUGGGCGUGCUGCCGGAGAUCCAGGCGGAGCAGCUGCUGCAGGAGCAGGAGCAGCUGCUGCAGCAGCAGCUGCUGCAGCAGCAACUCUCUGUUCACCAAGACACAGCCGCAGUCACUAAGGGGCUGCUGCAGCAAAGUGCUGCAGCACUCGAGGAAUUUGGCCCGCGGUCGCGUGCGGAAGAGCAUGCACUUGGAGGGUGGAGUUGA